AUGGUUCUCAAGGGUCACUGUCUCUGCAAGGCCGUCACCUACACGGUCGACGUCGACCAGCCUCUGAUCACGGGUUAUGACCACUGCGACGACUGCCAACGGCAAUCUGGCUCGACAUAUUCCCUAGUCGCAGUCGUCCCCAAGGACAAGCUCACGCUCAACGGGCCGACCAAGUCGUGGGCCGGCAAGGGCUCCUCGGGCAAGGACGUGCACCGCAUCUUCUGCUCCGAGUGCGGGUCGCCCAUCGCCCACGACCCAGAUGCAGCACCCGAGAUCAUCGCCAUCAAGGCGGGCACCCUCGACACGGAGAUCAAGAAGACGCUGAAGCCGGACACGGAGAUCUGGACCAAGUCUAAGCUGCCGUUCAUGAAGGAGACGCUGGCCAAGCCCUUUGAGGGCAUGCCCGAGUAA